AUGGCCGCAAACGCGGCCCAACCAGAAGAGAUCUCCGAUGAGCUAUCUCUGAAGACAAUCAAGCAAUGGCAGCAAUUAUUUGGUUACUCACACAUGGAGGCUGCGGAGCUUAUCAAAGAGCGCCGCGCCGAUUUCACACGAAAGCGAGUCUCAGACUCCCACUGGGCCCUGGUCCAAUCCCAAAUGGAACCCCAGUGGUGUGACCGAGAAGCAUACGAGCAUAUGCUUGAGUUGGGUGGAAAGGCAAAGAAGUCCACAGCUCAAGCCAAGCUCUCACCAGCACAGGCACGGGCUGUCUACAUCCUCAAGCUUGAGGGGGCUCUUGAUACACCGGCAAAGGUCGAAGCCGCUGGCGGUUUGCGGAAGAUCCCCCAGGUCUUCCAAGGCACGGGCGAUGAUGGAGAUGCGGCAUUUUGCCAGGUCGACGGAGCCACCAAACUCGAGAUUGAAAGCUGGGUUUUGGGGAAGAAGGGCUUGAACUUCAAGCCCACAUUUGUUCGCAUCACCAAGGCCUUCAAGGAGCUUUCGCCCGGCUCCCUCUACCCAACCCUCGGCCAGGAUGCAACUCUUCCACAUCACCGCCCUCUACACCUCUUCGAAGCCGCUCCUACUGCCCUCCCAGCACAGGACCAAUAUCCAGUCUGGUACUUUUUCUACGGGACGCUGGCAGACGUCACAAAACUCGCUUCCGUCCUCUCGCUGCCCGAGGGCUCAACUCCGCUGCUCCACCCCGCCACCAUCACCAACGGCAAGAUGCAAACCUGGGGUGCGGGCAAGUACAACGCUUUGGUAGAUGGGCCAGAGGAAUCUCGUGUCACCGGGUCAGCAUUCCUCGUCAUGACCAAGGAGCAUGAAGACUUCCUUCGGCUAUACGAGACGGACGCUUACGAGGUCGUUCGGUGCACCAUCUCGAUGGAUUCUGCUCAAGUCCCUGGGUGCACUUUCCGAUACAUCGGCAUGACUGAUUGA